AUGUCUGGCAGAAACAUCCGCCCCCCUGAUGGGUACAAAACGCAGUAUCAUCGCUCAGAAACCCUACUCUUCACUACAAUGUCCUCGCGGUACAAUAAGGUAGAUCGUCGUGGCGCGACUCGCCAAGUGCCGAUGCAGGUUCUUGCACUGGGCUUUUCGCGGACUGGCACGGCAUCUAUGCGGAUUGCUUUGGAGACUCUUGGCUACCGCGAGACGAACCAUGGCUUCGCUGUCUGGACCAACUUCAGCGAGAUGGAAAUGUGGACCGAGGCCAUCAACGCGAAAUACUUUGGCAAGGGAAAACCAUACGGCAAGAAGGAAUGGGACGCGCUUCUGGGGCAUUGCAUGGCCAUAACCGAUGUUCCUCAUCUCCUUUUCGCAGCCGAGCUCAUUGAAGCCUACCCAGAGGCCAAAGUCAUUCUCACGACUCGUUCUCCGGAUUCGUGGUGGAAGUCGUACCAGUCCACCAUCGCAUCUUCUUUGUCGUCUCCUUUGGGAACAUUCAACGCGUGGCUCGAGCCGGCGACUGCUGGUCGCAUCCUUGAAUUUUGGAAGCUCGUGUUCCUCGCCAUGUUCAAAACUACAGACAUCACGGAAGAAGUGGCGAAAAAGCGGUACGUCGAAUACUACGACGAAGUGCGGGCUUUGGUGCCGAAGGAGCGGUUGUUAGAGUAUCAGGUGGGUGAACCUGGCGGGUGGGACCGACUGUGUGUGUUUCUCGACAAGAAGGUACCGGAAGGAGCACCAUUCCCUAAGGUUAACGAUACGCAAGCCUUCCACGACCAUAUGAAGAGUCGGGUUGUGCCGAUUUGGAAACGCGCUGCAAAGAAGUACCUUCCUCCCGUCGUUAUGGUGUGUCUCUUUGUGUUUGCGGUCAAGGCCUGGUAA